UAUUCUGCUGAAGUGCACACAGCUUGUGUGAUGAUGUAAUUAUUUCUAAGGAGGAUUUCCAUUUUUCCUAAGAGCGUCUCAUUCUUGACUGCAUCACUGUCAUGCCAGCAAUGACAGGAAGGGAAACCCUCUCAUGUGAUAUUGCUCAAGUCCCUCACUAUGUGCAAACUUGCAGAGUAAGGUCAACAGGUCAUGGCAGAGGAGCAGUGUGCACUUCAAGAGUCAAGAUGCUUUUGUCCAAAGCGAUGUACAAAUGAGGUACACUCCAAACUACAGUCAAUCAAGGAGAAGCCUCUACACUAGCAGAAAUGAUUUUAUGAGAGAAAUCCUAAGAGGGAUGGAGAGACGGAGAAAGAGCAUAUUAAGUGAAUAAUCUUGGAAGAGGUAGGUCUUUGUCUUGGUUUUUGAGGACAAAGGGGGAAUGUGCCUGCUGACAUAAUGGAGUUCAGCACCUUGUUUCACCACCAAGGGACCAAACUGGAGAAGAGUUUGGAUUGAGAUUUCCUCCCUCGCAGUGACAGUAGGACUAGUCGUUACUUGAUCAUAGAACAAGAAGGUGCAUUAAGCUGAAGGAGCUCAGGUAGGUGGGUGUUGUGCUUGUUGGAGCUUUAGUGACUUGAAUUUAAUGUGAGGAGAGGAGGAGAAUCAUGAAAAGUGGAGUGACAUAAGCUGUUUUUGGCUAGUUCAAGACCAGACAUACUAACAUCAUUUAUAUUUUUCAUUUGACCUAAAUGUCCUGUUGGUUUAAGUUAGCAGUGACCAUUGACCAAUGAUAGCCUUCUUAUGGCUAAAAUUGUUAGCGAAUUAGCAACUAAUAUCUGUUGCAGAUAUUUUACAGUUUACCUGACAGUUUCAUGAUGACUACAGUUAGCAGAUAUUUUAUAUUAGCUGAAUGUUAGCCUUCAUGAUGGCUAAACUUAGGAGCUAAUGUUGCAGAUAUUUACUAUUUAGCUGAAUGUUUGUCUGUAUGAUGGCUGAUGAGAGAAAGAGUCUUGGACUUCAGAAUAUCUGAUCUUGCAUAACUCUUCACGCCUGCUUGACAUGCAAGCAUGAUAAAAAUCAACAACACAGGAACAUCCUCUCGUGAGAAACAUAAAUUCACAGACCAAGGUCAUACAUCACUUUAUUUCCUCCUCCAAUGUGAUAUGGAUGACACACAGCUGACUGAUUACAUUCUAUAGAAAUAAGGAAGAGGGCUGAAAAGGGGAAGUGGCAAAUUCAUAAAGUCAUACAACUGUUUUCUUCAUUCUUAUUUAGUCUUAUAUGUCUUUCCAAAAUUUUCCACUAAAUUGAUUUGUCUAUUUUGGAUGGACUAAAGUUAAUAACACAAUUUUAAGAUUUAAUUUGUCAAAAUAAUAUUAGAGAGUAUAAGGAAAACUUCACCAUGACCAUUUCAAACUUCACGACUUCAAUCUCUGGUGGUGGAAGCAGCAAUGGCAGUGGAUGCCCACCAGUUGAUGAUUCACUGGAGGCUUUGAUCCUGUUAUCAGUCAUCAUUGCACUGGGACUGCCAGGAAACGUAGUUGCUCUGUGGAUCUUAUGCUUUAAACUGAAGGCCUGGAACCCCAACAACCUGUUCCUCUUCAACCUGGUUAUUGCCGACUUCCUGGUUCUCAUGAGUCUUCCUCUCAGGAUCGAUGACUUUCUCAGGAGCCACUGGGUGUUUGGUGAUGGCUUGUGCAGGAUCAACAUCUUCCUGGUAUUUUCCAGCCGCUCAGCCAGCAUCAUACUCAUGACCGUGGUGGCAAUUUAUCGCUACUUUAAGGUGGUCCAUCCUCACCACCGGUUCAACCGUUUGACCAAGAGACAGGCUGCAUACAUGUUAGUGUUUGUCUGGCUGUUGGCCAUCAGUCUUUCGGCUCCCAUACUGGCUUACAACCACAUCAAAAGCAGUGCCAACAGCACCCAGUGCUUAUUCUUCACUUCUUCUUCAUUCACCAAUCUGGUCACCAUGCACCGCAUCCUGACAGUGCUGUUGUUCAUCAUCCCGCUGGCCAUGCUGCUGUUCUGCUCCAUCCGGAUUUCCAGCUUCCUGAGGCAGCGGCAGAUGGGAAAACUUGAAAAGGUGCGCAAGGCGAUGAGGGUGUGCAACGCCAUCGUCGCUGUGUUCAUAGUGUGCUUCUUACCGACCACGGUGACGACCAUCGGGUUGUGGGUCAUCCACUCGUAUCACUCCCUUGACUGCACCAUCCGCUACACUUUCAUCCGGCUCACCAUUGUGUCUGGGUGGCUGAACUUACUGAACUCGGCUCUGGACCCCAUCUUGUACAUCUUCUCCAGCUCCAUGUUCAAGAAGGCGCUUUGCAGCUCGCUUCCCCGUUUCCUGCGCUACGGUCAGGUCACAGGUGAUGCAGAGAAGACUGCAUCCUCAACUGAAAGUCAGUCGACCACCCAGCAGGAACUGAAAUCCAUGAGGGCUGACAGAGGGAGUGAAGCCAUGUAAUAAGCUUUUCUUCUAUGACUAUGACUGGAUCAUGCAGCACUCUGAAAAAUCCUGUUUUAAUGUCUUUGAUUUUCGUAGUAUUUUGCACUGAAUUGUCUGCUUGUUUUGUGUGUUUUAUUAGCUGUUUUUAUGCUGUUGAAGCUUUGUUGUACAUAACACAUUAGAUUUUCAGUUAUCAUCAUUUAUUAAAUCCAAACUCAGUUAUGCUUGUAAAUAUCCUUCAAACGUCUGUGGUUGAACAAAUUACAGAUGGGUGUUUUAAUUAUAUCUAUAUAUUGAACCUUUAAAACUUUGAAUUGCCUUCAAAAAGUUUAGAUAUUUAGAAAAAAUACACAUUAUGUGGCAGUGUCACAGUUCCACAGCUGCAGUGAAGGAGGGUGAAAUCAUUUAUCCAGGAGUUGCUGCAGUGCUCACCAACAACCACCAGGUGGCACAUGUGAGCAGUCCAGAUGCGGUCUGUCAGUCUCUCUGUAGGGUAGUCAAUACAAGCUCGGCAAGCAGACACAACAGGGGAACAUAGAAAUGUCAUGAAAGUAUUUGGGAAUUAAACAUAAUACUUACAUAUAUUUUCUGCCAGGCCUGUACAGUAUACUUACAUGUUACACAGUUUUAAUUUCAGAAUGGACAUUUGUGUAAUUAUAUCAAAACCAACCAUCCAUCCACACAGUUUAGACCUCAAUAUAUGAAACAUGGAAAUUUGUCUCCCCCGAUAUUUGUAAUUGACUGGACAUCAGAUUCUUUUGUUCUCCUCAGUAUUCAGAGUUAAACUGACUCCAAAACACGUUGGAUGUGUAUUAUUCACAGAAAACCUGCUUUGUCUCGUUUGUGUUGAUGUUCAGCAACAGUGAAAAACAGCUGUGAGCGCGGUGCCAAAACUUUGGGUCCAUCCUGUAGGUCCUGUGGGCUGCCACUGCUUCAGCAUUUUGAGCAUAUCCCCUCAUAUUUUUGCUCCUUAAAACUGGUAUUUUAAUGUAACAGCAUAACUUAAUGUGGAGUGUCGGAGGGAGGGGGAGAAAUAUGGUGCUGCACAUAACAAGACACAUACAGGCCAUGGAUGUAUUUUAAGAUCAAUAAAAUUAUUUUUAAAGUGAGUGGAGCAGUUACUGCAGCUGUCACUAGUGUUUAUAACCAUAAGUGUGUCUUUAAAUUGAGAGUGAUGUCUUUGAUUUUUGUAGUAUUUUGCACUGAAUUGUCUGCUUGUAUUGUAUGUUUUAGGUUUUUUAUACUGUUGAAGCUUUGUUUUACGUCUGUGAACUUUGUAAGCACAUUAGAUUUUCAAUUAUCAUAAUUUCUUAAAUCCAAACUCAGUUAUGUAUGUAAAUAUACUUCAAACUUCUGUGGUUGAAGAGAUUACAGAUGUGUGUUUUAAUUAUACGUAUUUAUCGAACCUUUAAAAGUUUGAUUGCCCUCAAAAAAGUUUGGAAAUUUAGAAAAAUACACAUAGAUUUGCUGUGCAUCAUCUUAGACAAAUUGAUGUAAAUUAAUUUGUAAAUAUGUCUAUAUAGAUAUCUAUAUAUUGAGUCAUGGAUGUACAGAGAACUAUCACUGGAUUACUUUGAUAAAAAAUGUUCUGAUUCUC